CCUCCAGCGGAGACUGGAGGGAGCAAGGGAUGGGCGAUCUGUUUGGGUACCCGUCAGUCAGCGAGAGCGGAGAUAGAAACGCAGGGUUGAGCGCUUCAGAUUCUCCAGAGGCAGGAGCAAAAGAUAAGGCGCUAGUCCUGUAGCUGGGCGGCCUCCCCGGUGCUGCCCGGAGCUUUCCACAUAGAAGAAGCGGCUGGAGCAGAAGCGCGCGUGUGUUUGCGUUUCUCUUUCUCAGGCUGAUGCACCUUCUCCAGAGUUUGCUUGCCGUGGUAGUCUCUUCUUAGUGGUCUGGACGCGGCGGGCUGGCCAUGAUCACCCUCCGCUUGUGGGAUCACCUGAGGGCUGGCAGCUCCGAGCUGGACUGGUGUGAAGAUAACUACACUAUUGUGCCCACCAUCGCCGAGUUCUACAACACGAUAAGCAACAUCUUAUUUUUUGUUUUGCCACCCAUAUGUAUGUGCUUAUUUCGACAAUAUGCCACCUGCUUCAACAGUGGAAUAUAUUUAAUAUGGACCCUGCUAGUGGUGGUUGGAAUUGGAUCUGUCUACUUCCAUGCUACACUUAGUUUCCUGGGUCAGAUGCUUGAUGAGCUAGCGAUCCUUUGGGUUCUGAUGUGUGCGCUGGCUAUGUGGUUCCCCAGAAGAUACCUACCCAAAAUAUUUAGGAAUGACAGGGGCCGCUUUAAAGCAGCAGUGGGCAUCCUUUCUGGAGUCACGACCUGCCUGGCCUUCAUUAAGCCCGCCAUCAAUAACAUCUCGCUGAUGACUCUGGGUCUGCCCUGCACUGUGCUGCUUAUUGCAGAGCUUAAAAGGUGUGACAAUGUCCGAGUAUACAAGCUGGGGCUCUUAUCGGGUCUGUGGUGGAUGCUGGCACUCUUUUGCUGGAUCAGUGACAAAGUGUUUUGUGAGAUCUGGUCGUCUUUUAACUUUCCCUAUUUGCACUGUGUAUGGCACAUCCUCAUCUGCAUCGCCGCUUACCUGGGCUGUGUCUGUUUCGCCUACUUCGACGCCGUCUCAGAGAUCCCCGAACAAGGGCCGGUCAUUAAGUUCUGGCCCAGUGAGAAGUGGGCUUUCAUUGGGGUUCCUUAUGUCACCCUCCUCUGUGCUCACAAGAAAUCGCCUCUGAAGAUCACAUGAACCUUUGGAUAUGCAGGCAGAAGCCCGUGGACUCUAGAUCUCUAUCUCCCCCUUCCCUCUACAAACUGUGAUUUCUGUAAUGGGGACCCCAAGGACAAUUUUCUAUUCUUUCUGACUCUGAAGCCCACCAUACGCACAAAGGGUUUAGGAGCAAUCUGCAGGACCUCUCCUUUGCACCCCUUCUUUGGACCCUUAAAAUCCCCAUUUGGUGCUUUCCUAUUAAACGUCUGAAUUAGCGCA